AUGGACGUUAUUUCUCAGAGAAAUUCAUCUACAACUUUGAAUCCAAACGCUCCGUCGUUCGUUCCUUUGGCAUAUCGGAUGGUGGAGGACUUCUCCGACCAAUGGUGGGCUCUGGUCCAAUCCUCCCCUUGGUUCCGCGACUACUGGCUCCAAGAGCGCUUCCAGGAUCCCCAAAUUGACGCGCAGUUUCCCGAUUUUGACGAUCUACCCGACGUCGACGCCAUCUUCGACGACUACUACUUAGACGACGACAAGAAUGAGGAAGAAGAAAAAGACUAUUACAGGGAUUUGAUUUCAAUGGGGACUUUGAAAUGGCAGAAAGCGCGAGCUUUAGCAGAAAUGCCGAGGUAUAGGGAGAAGGCCCCCAAGAUUGUUAAUGUGAAAGUGAGUCCACGCACGAUUCAGCAACCGAGGUAGACUGAGUCAGACGGAAAGACCCAAACUGGGUUCUCCCGACCCAGUAGAUCGAUGAGCAUGCAUCUCUAAUCUCUUGUUGUUCCCUUCCUAGUUUGGAUAGUUUUUGUACAUAAUCGACCCUCGCCGUCGUGUCAAUCCUCAACUCAAGUGUGCUUUGCGUUUGUACAUUUAUUUCUUUGUGCUUUUCCUUGGUUUUAAUGGACAUUAACAUCCAGACU